AUGGCUGAAAAAGUUGCUCUCUUUGAAAGUUUCCUGAGUUGCCAUGUGUGUUCAGAGACUUUCAUAGAUCCUGUAUCUCUGAGCUGCAACCACAGCUUCUGUUCAAGCUGCCUGAAGAAAUUCUGGGAACAAGCUAAAAACAAAAACUGUCCAAUUUGUAAAAGAAAAUCUUCAAAGGAUUUUCCAAAGCUUGACUUUGCACUGAAGGAACUGGCUGAUUCCUUUGCUGGGAGACAGACAUCUGGAUCAUCUGAGACAGAACUGGGAGAGAGUCAGAGUCACAAGGUGGUUCCUGUAGAACAAGCAGUCAGUGACCUGAAGGAGCAGCUGAAAUCUGACUUAAAGUCUCUACAGGACAAGAGGAGCAAAUACAAACAAGUGGAGAAAACAUACAGUGAAAUGAUUCAACACUCCAAGAAGCAGCUGUUGUCCACAGAGAGGCAGAUCAGAGCAGAGUUCAACAAGCUCCACCAGUUCCUGAAAGAGGAAGAGGAGUCCAGACUGGCAGCUCUGAGGGAGGAAGAGGAGCAGAAGGGGAAGACUAUCAGCAGAGAGAUGAAGAUGAUUCAGGAGCAGAUCUCCUCUCUGUCAGACAGUAUCUCUGCUGUUGAAGAAGACCUGCAGAAACACAACGUGCCGUUCCUCAGCAGUUAUAAAGCCACUCAGACCAGAGCCACAGCCCAGUGCUCACUGUCAGAUCCACAGCUGCUCUCAGGAGCUCUGACAGAUGUGGCCAAACACCUGGGCAACCUGUCCUUCAGAGUCUGGGAGAAGAUGAAGGAGAAGGUCCACUUCAGUCCUGUCAUUCUGGACCCAAACACUGCAAACCCCUGUCUCCAUCUGUCUGAUGAUCUGACCAGUGUGAGACAUGGGGACACAAAGCAGCAGCUCCCUGACAAUCCAGAGAGAAACACUCAGUAUGCCACUGUUCUGGGCUCUGAGGGCUUCAGCUCAGGGAAACACAGCUGGGAGGUGGAGGUGGGAGACUAUCCUGUCUGGAAUGUGGAUUUGACUAAAGAGUCAGUUGACAGGGAGGGAGAGAUAUAUGCUUCACCAGAAUAUGGAUUGUGGUGUUUAUUACAUCGCAGUGGAAAAUACACCAAUGUUGUUGGUAAGACUGUCACAGUGAAGAAGAGUGGGGAGGUGUCCUUCUACGACCCUGAAGACAUGACUCACAUCUAA